AUGAUUAUAGAAACGUCGGCAGGUAAUGAUAUUAAUUCAGAUUUAGAUAUUACGCUAGAACCAUCCGAAAUUGUGAUGUUUGAGACGUCAACCCCAUUUGAGGCUGCUCUAACUUAUGCCGAAACAUUAAUCGCUUUGCCGGGUGCUUCUACAGCAGAUAAUGAAGCUAUCUUCGAUUCAACGAAUGUGUCAAGCGUUGACCCGUUAGGUAGUGAAUUUGACGAAGCAUCUUCCAAUAUAACAGGAUUAGAAAAGGCAAAGCUAAAGGAUCCAUAUGAGAAUAUACAAAUAGGCUCGUGGGUUGUUACAUCGUACCAAUGUCAGUUAAAGAAGAAUACUGCCAUAAAGUAUUUUAUUGGCCAAGCGAUAAAUAUUAAUCAUGAUGACAACACUUUUACAGUAAAAUCUCUCAGAAGGAUAAAAAACACCGUAAAUGUUUUUUCUUGGCCAAACAAAGAUGAUGAAGACUGUGUCACUAAAAAUGUUAUUGUUAAAGUAUUAAAAGAACCCAAUAUAAAUCGCAGAGGUCAGCAUAUAUUUGAUGAUGUCGAAAAUUUACUACCUGAGUAA